CCUGGUUAAAAGAGGCAGCUUCAUAGUUGUGAGGCAGCAUUUUUGUACAGACACAACGCGAGAUAGGUGGAUGAUUGGUUGCACAUUUUGCAUUUCAACACUCGUAUUGAAAGCGAUCGCACUGCCCUUGGAGUUUGAAAGCGAUAUCUUUAGUAGUGCAGGAAUAUCGACAAGAUGGGCAGCACGGUGAUGGAGUCCAAUAAAGACGGCUCCAAAAAGAUCCCGAAGAAAAGGAGAAGUCUGCGAAUUGACAUGCCAGGGGAGCUGCCCGUCUGCACCUCCUGCCCCACCAGGGGCAUCUUCCAGAGGAGCUCCAGCGUCAGCCCGCCCUCCUGCCCCGGGUCCGCCCCGGUCCUCACCAAGGUCAGCCCGGGCUCCCCGAAGACCAUCUUCCCCUACCCCUCUCAACAGCAGGGCUCCUCCUCGCCCAAGUCCCCCCGCCGCCUGAGCUUCAGUGGUAUGUUCCGCUCCUCGUCCGGCUCCUCGUCCUCCAGCAUCAAGCUCUUCUCCAGGGCCAGAAAAGGCUCUGCUGGCUCGUCGCUCCCCUCCACCCCCAUCCAGGCGUCCAACCCCCCCCAGGCGUCCACCGACCCCCCGCAGGCCUCCAGCCAGCCGCUGUUCCCCCAGGCACCCCAGCCCAGCUCCCCGACGGCCGAGCGGCUCAGCCUGCGCUCGCGCUCCCGCUCACUGUCCUGCACGGCGCCCGACCUGGGCCACCGGCUCAGCCUCCCGCGCACCAAGCCCCCCCUCGUCCCGUCGCCCGGCCCCGCCACGCCCACCGCUACCUCGCACCACGUGCACGGGUUAUUCGAAGGCAUGCUGGAGAAACUUGACAUAGAUGAUGACGCUGCUGCUGAACCAGAGAGUGAUAUCUACAUGCGCUUCAUGAAGUCCCACAAGUGCUACGACAUCGUGCCCACCAGCUCCAAGUUGGUGGUAUUCGACACCGCACUCCAAGUUAAGAAAGCGUUCUUUGCGCUGGUGGCCAAUGGCGUGCGAGCAGCCCCACUGUGGGACACGGAGAAGCAGAGCUUUGUGGGGAUGUUGACGAUCACAGACUUCAUCAUCAUCCUACACCGAUACUACAAAUCACCCAUGGUGCAAAUCUACGAGUUGGAGGAACAUAAGCUGGAGACGUGGAGAGAGGUGUAUCUACAAGCGACAUUCAAGCCCCUGGUGAAUAUAUCACCUGACGCAAGCCUGUUUGACGCAGUGUACACCCUCAUCAAAAACAAAAUUCACCGGUUGCCUGUCAUCGACCCUGUCACAGGGAAUGCACUUUACAUCCUCACGCACAAGAGGAUUCUCAAGUUCCUCCAGCUCUUUGUGUGUGAAAUGCCAAAGCCAGCGUUCAUGAAGCAGACGCUGGGGGAGCUGGGCAUCGGCACGUACGACCAGAUCGCCUUCAUCCACCCGGACACGCCCAUCAUCAAAGCCCUCAACAUCUUCGUAGAGCGGAGGGUGUCCGCGCUGCCCGUGGUGGACGAGAGCGGCAAGGUGGUGGAUAUUUACUCCAAGUUUGACGUCAUCAACUUGGCGGCGGAGAAGACGUACAACAACCUGGAUAUCACGGUGACCCAGGCGCUGAAGCACCGCUCGCAGUACUUUGAGGGAGUCAUGAAGUGCCACAAGCUGGAGACCCUGGAGACCAUCGUGGACCGCAUAGUGAAGGCUGAAGUCCAUCGUCUGGUGGUGGUGGACGAGCGCUCCAGCAUCGAGGGGAUCAUCUCCCUGUCGGACAUCCUGCAGGCCCUGGUGCUCAGUCCCGCAGACGCUUCCAGAGAAGAGAAGCUUGCCGAGUGAGGAGACGAGAGAGCGAGAGAGAGAGAUGAGAAGAGAGAGAAAAGAGGGAGAGACGAGAAAAGAGCGACGAGAGAGAAGAGAGAGAAGAAGCACCUGAACAGGAUAUUUUGAAGGGAGCAGCAAGUUUUAUUUUUUUAUUUUUUUUUAUAUAGUUUCAAUCGAAACGGCCGAGGACUCGUAGCGGCCGGGCUCCUAGGGGCCUCCCCCAUCGGCCCCGGACUGAUGCACUAUAUAAAGGCUUGGAUACCAAAGAGCUUGGAGGGCCCUCGCACUGGAGGACCCGGGGCUGCCCCCCCGAUUCACCCCCUGUUGUUUGUGGUGUUAUUCUCCUUCUUCCUGUUAGGGUGUGUGUUUUGUUUUUGUUUUUUGGACACUGAACACACGCGCACACCGCUAACGCACACACACACGCACACACACACACACACGCUGUGGGUGGAUAAACAAACACUGCGGCUGCGUGCGCGGGGAGAGGGGCGGGUUGCGUCACGGGGAUCAGCGUGGCCGUAAUGCUUCACGCUUGCCAGGGUUCAGGGUCAUGUGGAGGUUUGUGUGCUUGUGUUUCUGUGCCCUCCCUCCUUUCCAAACUAUCUUCGCUGUGCCAUGUCCCGUUUGCUCACCGUCAGCCCCGUUGAUGCAUAGCGCCGACCUUUGGUUGGAUGGAUAUCCUUACUCAAGUUUGGAGGUUGUUGAGGUUCAUAGGCCCAAGUACAGCGUUAAGGAUAUCAGUAUAAGCAUACACCCGCCAUUUUAUCCGCCAUUUUAUCCGCCCUGCUGUUAGAACCAAUAAGGAGAACAUUCCUCCAUUGAGUCAAUCUCUCGCACUGACAAGACAACUGAAGGUAAUUAGAUCACAAUGUUAUUUUUUACGCAUCAUAAAUGCAUUUCCGAAAGGAGAUUGUUUGUUGAAUACCGAAAGAAGUGGAAGUCAGGCACUGAAAACGAACUUCAAAGCUCUGGUGUCACUCGAAAUAUUAAUGACGAAUAACACAAUUCGGGUCAACACAAGUGGUGUAGUAACUCACCACAGAAGUUACAGCCAGAACCUCAAAGUAUUCUGAACACGCCUUCGAGUUCAUAGUUACUAUCUACUGCAACCUACAAAACAGAAACCCAAAGAAUGCACCUUGAAAUAGUUUAGUGGCAAGGUGAACACCCAGAGAAGAACUGAAUGUAAAGAACUUUAUCACACAGACAAGGCGGGUGAGAUGUUUUUGUCUGUGUUUGAGGUGUUGGAAUGGCUGCAACCCCUCCCUCGCCGAACCUGACUGGUUCUGAAUCACCGCCUGUUCUCGGUCCUGUUUCUGUCCUUUCUGAAUGUGUGUGUGGGUCAUUGUUACCUGAUUGUUACUCUCUAAUCACAUGCAAAAACAAUAUGGCCUCUCGUACCCCCUAGCCUGGACAGUUACUCAUCUGUCGUUCACUGUACAUAAAGGGGUUUUCAGAAGACAUAUCAGAGAAAGCUUUAUUUUUAUUGAAUGUGUAUUGAAAAAAAAAGAAUGUGGGAAAUAAGUGCAGUUUUACUGUUAUUUUUGUAAAUAGUUUUGUGACAAUAUGUUUAAAACGUUUGUAUUGGAUAAAUAUGUACUGUACAUGUGCAAGCAUGAUAAAUUACACUUCAACAGUUAUGAAUAGGUUUUUAUUUUCUUCCUGUUUUUGAUUGACUUUUUUUGUAUCUUUCUGGUUGCAGAGAAAUAAAUGGCCACUGAAUGUAAAGUGUGUGUGUGUGUGUGUGUGUGUGUGUGUGUGUGUGUGUGUGUGUGUGUGUGUGUGUGUGUGUGUGUGUGUGUGUGUGUGUGUGUGUGUGUGUGUGUGUGUGUGUGUGUGCGCGCGCGCUCUUCACACACCAACGGUUGAUUUAAAUAUGCGUUGAGAAAAAACUGUUCACUAACUUCACUAAAAAAUGAAACGUAAUGUUUUGUAUCACAUGCGACUCAGGGCCCGAGGAUGGGUUGACCUCAGAAUCAGAUUUUGUAUAAAUGUAUCCUCACAGUGAAUUAACUACAUGGCCCUUAGUCAGAAUCCUGAAACACUGUCGGUUUAGGAACAUUAGCCAAGUGAUUACAGCCUGUAGUUAUUUAAAGCCCUGUCACCACUUCACACAGUGAUCGAUUACGAUGAAUAAAUCUGCCUAGUACCAAAAACAGCUGCUACACUUUGAAACGCUCAAAAAAGCAGGACGCUACUACCGUGUUCAAAGAUAACUACUGAAGGCCACUUGUUCAAUUGCGUAGGUAAUUGCUUUACAUACGUAAAUUGCGUUGAAUCAUUUAAAAACGUAUUUUAGUUUUCUUGCACUGUAGGUUACAGCCCAGUUGUGAGCCGUGUUCUGUGUUGAUUGGUUUGGGUAUAACUCUUUCUUCCUGUUUUCUCCUAUUAACUAACGAAAUAAGAAGGUUCUCUGACAGGAUGUCCUGAUGACGCCUUCGGGGAGGUGGGGGAGUGAGACGGGACAGCGAGCCGCCACAAGGGGCCACUGUAGUACACAACAGGCCCUUGGGGGUCCCCACCUAAAAUGAGAUGCAAUGUGAGGCUGCCAUAAAUAAAUCCCACGCCAUUAAUAUUCCCAUUGUCUUCGGUAAUACAUUGAUAGAAUAGAUGUAUAUUUGGAUUAUGCUUUUUCAAAUCUUUUGAGGAAGUGGCUGCUCUGCUGGAAGUAUAUUUUAGUAGAGUAGAGUUUGAAACGAGGUAGACAAUCUGAUGGACUGCCAAAUGAGGGGUAAAGCCCGGACUAGACUCGCCCCAGACAAUCCGCUUUGAUCUCCCAAUCUCCCCUGAUGGCCGUAGCGGGGGGACUCCUCCUACACCUGGUAGUCCUACAACGGGAGAAAAGCU